AGAGUAAACUAUCUAGAUGUGCAACUAAGGUUUUCCUAGAUGUGUUGCUAUCUCUACCAAAAAAAAUACAAUCUAAGUUUCAAUUCUAUCAGAUAGCCUAUCAAACUAAGCUAGAAAAAUAAAGCACACAACCUAAAUACAUAAUAUAAAUGUGGAAACUUAAGGAUGGUAGGGCAUCGAGAUGUAUUGAUUCGGAGACAAAGGUAUACGUACAUGCCUGCAUGAUCUACGGGCAGCAUCUCUUUCACUUGUUAGUCCCCAAAACGAAUAAUGCAAUUAUUCACCUACGGUUGGAACUUAGAAACAUCUUCUACUGAAACUGGUAGCGACGUGGCCACUUGCUACGUGUCUUCUGUUGAACAGAUCGAUGAGGCUGAGGCUGAGCCACCAGUCCAACCAUAUCCCAACCCAUUUCAGAUUGGCAUGUUUGCUUCAUUUGCAGAGGUCAACAGCAAGAUAGGCUGCUCGCAAAAAAAAAAACAGCAAGAUAGGCUUUUUAUUUUUAUUUUUAAGCUGCAUCUCGCGCCUGCAGUUGCUGCAGAAGAAGAUGUGGAGCUCCAGCAUUCUGUGGCCGCUGAUCUUGUGGGAAAGAUAUGCUGUGACCCUCUGACGUGACGGUGAGUCGGUGACGCUAGCUGCUCUUGGCCUCUUGCUCUGCAGGCUGCAGAGACGCGAGGCCGGCCGAUCGAUACGCGGACAACCCAGAGGCCACCGUCCGUCGUUACCCGCCGAAGCAACGGCUCGAACCUAAUCCGCUCUCGCUCACGGCUCACCGCCCGCCGAGCGCCACGCCGGCGCGGUAGUCGGGACGGCGCCACCGCCACGCACGCGACGCGACAUGAAGAGCUCGUCGGCGGGGUCGCGCGCGUCCAGGGACGUGGACGUGGACGUGGAGCUGCUCAAGGCGGUGGCGCAGGCGUGGCACGCGCAGUCGGGAAACCCGCGGCCGUCGUCGCGGGCGGCGUCGGGGGCGGGCGCCAACGACCCCGCCGGCGGCGCUGGCGCGCGGGCCCGCGCGGGCGCGGCGCCGCACCGCCCGUCCCGGUUCAAGCUAGAGGCCAUGGCGGCGGCCGCGGCACCCGCACCGGCACCGGACGCCCGCCGGGCCCGCCAGAGCUCGUGGGACUUCGCGCAGUCGCUGUGGGACCCGUACGAGCUCGUCGCCGUGUCGCGGAGGCUCGAGUCCGGCCUCGUCAUCGCCGACCACGCCGCCGCCGCCGCCGCCGCGCCGCAGGAUGGGGGCGACGCGCGGGGAGCGGCGGAGAAGCGGCGCAGGGAGAGCGGCCGCAGCCUGAGGAACCUGUUCCUUCGCUCCACCUCAAAGAGUGCCCAUCGCCUCUACCACCCAACCGAUUAUCCACUGUCACCUGUGGUAGAAAGAACCCCCCUCUACUUCAUCACACCGCUAUCUUGACCACCUCCACCACCCUAGAGCUCCUUCUAGGUUUGUUGGAGAUAAAGGUCCCGUGGGCGCCGUCGUGCUCGUCGCCGUCUCCUCACCUGGACGCUCGUCCCUGCCGGCGCACCCCUCCUGCAAUUCUGCCUAGAAGGUCAUCCCCGCCGGAGCACCCCUCCCCGCCCCAAGGUGGAUACGCAUGCCCUGCUCCUCCCCGCCAGUCUUCCCAUAAGCACAUCCCUCCCCUAGGCGCAUCUUGUAGCACCAAGCAUCAUGGUGGUGGCUUUAUGGAACUGAAAUACCAACUUUACAGAAGAUGACUACAAAGAUUUUAUCUUUGACGUCAAGCUCCUCUGGUUGUGAAAGAAAUUAGAGUGGGUUUGAAGGGAUACGCUGAGAAGAGAAAUAGGCUUACUACAACCCGCCUCGAAAUGUUGGUCUAUAUUCAAUUCAACUCCAGGCUGCUUAACAAAAGAGAAAAGGUUAAGUCAAAGCUAAUGUUCUCUUGGUCUAGUGAUACAACUGAAGCUCAAGGUUUUCUCCAAGAGGGUGGAGAUGAUUGUGCAUUAGUUGUCUUUAGAGAUGAGAAAGAUGAGAAUGAGAUGGAAGGUAUAGGGAUACCUUGGUUUGUUCUUGGAGAGGCAGAAAAGAACAGCUUCAGCCGUGUAGAAGUGCAAGAGUGAGGGAGUUCUAUGAAGGAGAAGAGUUUGAGUGAAGAAGAGUUUGAAGAAGAUGAUAAUGAUAUUUAUGUGGAACCCUAUUGAAGAAGAAAUAUGAUCCGAUAGUUAAGCCUUUUGUACCAUGUCAUGGUCAUGCUCUUAUCUCUUAAGAACUGCUACUGUGUGACUCUGUCCUUUAUUUAGAAGUUGUGUUGUGCACUUGUAUUGUUCUCC